GUUUGUUUGAAUAAUCAUCACGCGCUUGGAGGCACAUUCGGUGGAAAUCGUGCACCGUUGGACAUGAGUGAGAACACCUUGAUAAGAACAAGGAAGUUUAUGUCUAACCGCUUGCUGUGUCGCAAGCAGAUGGUUGUGGACAUUUUACAUCCCGGUCGUUGUGUCCUUUCAAGAAGUGAGAUACGAGAAAGACUUGCAAAAACGUACAAAACUUCGCCUGAUGUUGUCUUUCCGUAUGGUUUCCGGACUCAAUUUGGUGGAGGAAAGUCAACGGGGUUCGCUCUUGUCUACGAUUCGUUGGACCAUGCUAAGAAAUUUGAGCCGAAGUUCCGUCUUGCCAGGAAUAAAUUGGUGACAAUACCACAAAAAGGAAGAAAGAUAAGGAAGGAAAGGAAGAACAAGGCUAAAAAGUUCAGAGGAACUAAACCAAAGAAGGCGAAGAAAGAUUCUUAAGCCUAUCUAAAUGAAUGUACAAAUAAAUGGUCUGACCUCGCUUGUAUGUUCUAAAUGUAUGUAUUCUGGUUAGUGUUAGUUAUUGCAUUUUACGCCGUUUCAUUUUGAAAUUCGGCUACAUACAGCUCAGCGGUAAGGUAUGUAGAAGCUCUUUCCGGAGCCUUCAGUAUGAAGGAGCUCGUAAUGUGGUCUGCAUUAUCUCAUGAAUUGGGUUGCCCACAAACACACUGAGCUGUUACUCCUUGACAACCGUUCUGCGGCCACAUACUUCGCUCCAUCUUUUAUUAGAGACCCACAGUGUCACAUGGAAGCUGAGCGUAUCUGGUUUUCAUGCGUCUUGGUUAUCCGUAUAACUACACGUCAGAGUUAAGUGUAUAAGUCCUCUACAUCUAUUAUUUGCGAACUGAAUGUUAUCCCAUCAUGAGACUGUAAGGCACCCGUCUCACUUGGGAAGCCAGUCGUUGCAGUUUUCCAUAACCGUUGUCUAUUGGAGUUCUCUGCCUCGAUGGUUGUCGUUUAGUUGCCUCUGACUAAGUUCUUUCUAAAUGAUUCUGGUUACAUUGGAUAAGCUGUGAUAAAUAUUCUCCUACUUCGUUGCUUAUGUUAGUUGAUGUCUUCAGUCAGUCCGUGACGAUUUCAUUUGGUAUUAGACUUGGGAACAAGUUAUUUAGAGUGACAUUGACUUUCCAAAACACCUGCGCAUAACCACAAGGGUAAAUGCUCGUCUCUUUGUGUGUGCAUUUUAUAGCUGCAUAUGCCUGUUCAGCAAACUAGUUCAACUGUGUCUUGAGUGGUGUAAAUUUGUCAUGUAAUGGUGAUGUCAGUGUUGUUUUUACGUGGUAUACAUCAAAGAUGUACAGCUUUCCCUGCGUGGAAUGAAGCACCUAAUAGUGAGCCUCAUAUACUAGAACUUAUAUAUGGUGUGCCCUGGGGUGGGGCAACCAAAAGUGACUCAUUUCGUUUGUUUCUGUUACUUAUCAAAUGGUCGUAUCUGUUGCCUCCUACUUCUAGACCUCGGGUUAGAAAAUAUCCCGUAGGGAUUUCUACUCGCUUCCAGUCUCAGCAUCUUUGUGGAAAAAAUAUUCAUGACCCAACCCAACCGCCUAAGCUUUAUUACAUAAGUUACGAACUAAACUUAUGUGAGGGCUUAUGAUUCUGCUCGGUUGCCUAUGUCGAAGUGGGUGUAACGGGAUUUGAAGCUAGAACCGAUUGCUUGAAAGUCGGAUGCUUAAACCAAUUAGUCACAUUUCCAUCUUUUACUGAACACUUAUUGUUAGCGAUCUUGCGUGAGGCUAGAUGAUUCCUUAUCUUCAAACCUCAAAUAUCAUACUAAGCAGAAGAAAGUGCUUUGCAAGCGAUAGCUGCAUUCCAAACGAUAGGUGGAGAGAUCAACGUGAAUGCUGCCACAUAAGCGCAUUAAUUUAAGUUGCCAGACUUCACAGCAGCAUGCAAAGAAGUGGGUAUGUAUAGACAAAAGAUCGUAGUUCGCUCACUGACUUCACCUUAUUUUGCCAACAGCGAGUAGGUGAUCUGCUGAAAACCUUGUUUCCCUUGAUUUGUUUUUUCCACUUUAUCAUUCUUGUUUACUGUAAUAUCUCGUUCUGUUAGCCGAACGUGUCAUUUUUGUGCUAGGCUGUGCGCUAGUCUACGAGCUGAUUCACAGUAUAAUUUAAAAAGACAACCUUACAGGCCCUAGGAUGGAGACGUCUGCUCAAUUAUAGAGGCUUCGUUAAAAUAAUGCACACCAAACAUCUUUCACUGAGAAGUGCCGUCAUGAGAUCUUUCGAUUCGUGCUGUUUCUAGGCAAGAGGUAUAGCUAGUGCUGGUUACCAUAUCUCUACUCUAUUUCACGACCCAUUGUAGAGCUGGCGUCUAGUUUAGAGAUGAGUACGCCUGAGACCAACCCUCUUUUCCUUCGUUUUCUACUCCUUAGCUCCAGUUAGGUGUCCAAUCAUUGUUGAAUAUCAAACUCUCAUGCCUUUAAUGUCCGAGCGAUUGUUGCAGGGGGUGUUUGAAUUUGUUCUAAUGUCUGCCACUCUCAUGCUUGCAGACGAGUCAGCUGCGUCCACAUCUUACACUUGCCAGUUUUGUUUAACGGGUAUUUCCGAGUCUCCUGCCUAUAAAAUAGGAGAGUCUGCCCAUGGCAUUCCGCUAUGCUUCACUUUCAGGAUUAGGAAAAACCCGGAUUUUGUUGACAUGUCUUACGACCAGUGCUGAAGCUACUAAAGCUCAAUCAAACUGUUUGUUGAUGCUUUCUGCUUCGUACGUUCAGUCAACAUUAUCUCUAGCAGCUGAAGUUGUGACCGCAACUGGACUUAUCAGCAGUCUAACGAACUGCUUGAAAUUGGUUCAGCUCCUCACUACCUUUGGUUGUGAAGAUUUCUUGAACUGAUUAAUGUUGAACUACUUAUGCUUUAGAUCAUGCUCCAAGCCCACUUGCAUGAGUCCCUGUGCAUCCAUUUUUCAGAAAAAAAUAAAAAACCGAUUCUGUGAAAGCCUUGCUCUCUAUGCCUGACUGCUUGUUUUGAUGUCGCAGAAAACUAGUCCACCUGCAGUACACGCACAGAUUAUUUCUGCUAAAUGGAUAAGAUAGUUUUCUGAACAUACUGACAGUUGUAGAACUCUUAGGAUGGGUAUCUCACUAUCCAUGUACCGAUUAAUGCUUCAGAACUGGUCUGUAUUAAUACCUCGUCAGUUAGGGAGGUUAGUUGCACCAUAGUUCGAUUGCAGAAAAACUAUGAGGGGUCAGAUUUUGACGGGAUUACAAUCAAUGAAGCUGCUGAUUGUAGGGAAAUGUGGGCUUCCAGGCUGUAUGAGACAACCAGAUUCGAUAGUCGUAGACCAGUUUGGUUGUAACGUUAAUGCAUUCAUACCUUACCUCCGUGACACGUAUUUAUUAGUCCUAAUCUAUCUCUUUUCAUGGUUUGACUUCCUACGAUUUUCAGUGAUUUUUUUCACUUUGUCUUCCAUCCUGUUAUUUCUUGUCUUGAUGUGGCAAAUUGAAUCGUUACGCAGGAAUAUCGGGUCACGUUGACAUUAAACUGGCUGAUCUUUCUCACACUCCGUAUUCUUCACUCUGGUGGAUUGUCUGUAAAAAGCAAGCGCAUGGUUGUUUUUAUGAAGUAUCUUCUCAGGUUAACAGUAGCGUGUCAGGUUAACGUCCAUUUUGAAGGUUCCCGAGAGGUUACGUAACCUAUUUGUUACAGAUGUCAGAAUAAGACUCAGGAUUGAGAUCAGUUAGAAUCACUGGGAUUCCACAGCAUCUGCUUUUAAGGAAUAAUACGAAAGGAAUAAAAGCUUGUUGAGACGUAAUCGCAUAUCUUUUAUUCUUUUUCUUUAAGCUCUAGUGGUGUUUUGCUAUUUCUUGUGACGUAGUUGUCGGUAUUUCUUCAUUACCAAGUAUGUAUACUGCUCAUAGUUAACUGUAGCUAAUGAUAGUUAGCGUAAAAGGCCAGAUUCGAAUGGAAUUUCCAGUCUACAGAAUUGAAUAAUUAUUUGGUUGUACCCUAUAGUACAUGUUCUUCAUCGCUCGCCAAUUAACAACAUAUGCGAUGAAUCAUGUGCUCGUAUAGAAGUCGGUUAGCUAGCAUCAAUACAGGACCUGGCACUGCUGUAUAACGACCUAUUAAGUAAUGAUGCAAAAUUUAAUUAUCGUAAAUAAAAGAAUAUUGUACAAUCAGAUUAGGCGUUUGGAUUGAUCCGAUUCUUGAUCAGACUGGUUUCAACAGGUGCAGUAUUAUGAGGUGAGAGAGAUGAACUUGGUAUCCUGUAAUCCUUAAAAUAUUCUCCCCUGUUCAGAUGUUGGCUUGGUAGUGUAUUGAAUUCUGGCAAUACUGGAUUACACAAAGCUAUUGAUGUAGACUUCAGUCUUUCUUCCAUUGCUUGUCUUGAAUUUUCAGCCUCUAAGAGAAUUGUACGCAUUUCCGAUUCUACCUGUGAGAAAGAUGAAAUAAAAACCAUGUUUUCGUUAGGUCCAUCACUUGAUUAGUGAUCAGUGGACUUGUUAUGUACAUUAGAAGAUACAAAGUGCAACGAGAAAAAGUUGACACUAACACCAUAUUCCAGAAGCACUUGGUAGGAGUGCGUUGAACGGAAAGCAGAGUAGCAUCGCCUUAAAUGAGUUCAUAAAGAGUCUUUGCACUUUGAAAUUAAUCAGUGUAUUGUAGCUUCAGAAGCAUAUUGAAUCACCGAAAUCAAUAAACGUUAGUAGCAGACGUCCGAGUUCUUCGAUCGCGGAACACAUCGUUAAGUCGCAGGACUGACGCCCUUACUUCCUUUUAACCUAUUUACGAAAUGUGUUGGAGAUGGACCCUUAAAUUUGUUGAAGUCCUAGUUAUUAGAAAGUUUAAACUUUUGUGUGUUCAAAAAUAAUUUGUUAUAACAUUAAAUCUCGGUGAAUUCAACUCUAAAACAAAGUUCGCUCUAUUGAUUUUCAUUGUUAUUUGGCCUUUAAUUCAGCCUUCCUACAUGGCCUCUUUUCAUAUUCUCACCCCUUAUCUUCAUGAAUUUUCAUAUAAAUCCCUGUGAUAAGUGCGUGUGUGAUCAGGUUAAUCGAAAUGUGUUACGCAAAUAUAUUACAUGGUUCAGACAAUUUACGUCUUAUUGUUUUGUUGAAGUUUAUAAAGGCAACUAAUUGUUUUAAACUAUAUGGCAAAUAUUAGAAAAAAUGUUGCUACAGAGGGAAGAACUUACUUCGACUACGCGUGUUUCACAUGCUAAGCGCAACUUUUCAGCUUCAUUUCGUGCAUUAUUAAUUGCAUAUUCCUUCAUUUCUUCCACAGCCACUAAUUGUUGCCGAAAUCCUUCAUCCAUACUUUCCAUUUGUGAAUGCAAUGUACUUCACAAGAAAAAGGAAGAUGAAUUCAUUUUAUGAGAAAGUAACUUUUUAGAACACACUGUAUACGCAGUUAUCAACCUAGAUAAAAAGCCUAUAUUGUCGCCAUGUUUUAAGUAGACCACUAAGUUGCUAGCUUAGAGCUCUAUCGGUUAACGUAUGAGUCCCAACUACCGAUCGGGUAGAAAAUUCUGAGUACAUAAAGAAGCUUUUUUAGUCACUCAUGAAAUCUCGAGUUAGCACCAGGCAUAUGCUUUUUUAUUUAAUAGAUCGGAGAUAAAAGGUACCAAAAAUAUACCCAUUAUUAAGAUUCACCACUGCUAGCCAUUUUCCUGGCUCUCCUUCAUUUGUACACUUGCAAACAAUGGGGAAUAAUUUGUCCUAUUUUUGUUUGGAACUGAAAAACGUGGCCUUAAAAGGUUUGUGAAAACUUUUUCUGAAGGAAUUCCCAAUAUCGACUGCUACUUCAGUGAAAAUAUUGGAGGUAGGAUUAUUUAACUGCAGAAACCAAUCUUUCAGAGAUGUGUAGCAAAGAUGGUUAUAGGACUAAUCAGUGUAUUCUGUUUCUUUUCGGUAUAUAUACACUACUGAGCUAGAAGCUCUGAUACACAAACGGAUAUCUCCAUGCGUUAAUCCAGGCGUGUUUAGUGACGAGCCAGGAUAUUCGAAUGGUUGGGUUCCCCGUAACUUGAGUUUCAUUUUUGCAAACGUUUACUGCUUUUGUUUUUAUUGUCUUUCAGAAGUACAUUAAUCUUCAACGUACAUCAGUGUUCAUUUCAAUGACCAAAACGAUCAUUUUUAAGACAUUAUUGGUUGCUUGUGUGUUUGUGUACUUGUCUCUGAAGAUAAUGCGAAUAGUUUUCG